AAGCACAAAGAAGAAUGACAUCCGAAAAAUCACCGCAAGAUUUCCUGGAGCGCUAAUGUUAGCUUGAUGCUAGGUUAGCAUUAUUGCUGAGUUAAGAAGUGCAGACUGUUUUCUAACCGUAGCCAUGAAUUAAGACCGAAUUGUCGAACCCUGUUUCGUUAAACCUCGUGGCUGGUUGGAGAGAGAGUUGUCAGGCAUGUAUGCCUCGGGGAAAUACAGCUCGCGGGGCCCUGCACUUAUCCCGCGGAUGAAAACCAAGCACCGCAUAUACUACAUCACCCUUUUCUCGGUGGUGCUGCUGGGACUAAUUGCCACCGGGAUGUUUCAGUUCUGGCCCCACUCCAUUGAGUCCGCAGCUGACUGGACCCUUGAUAAACGCAGUGUUCACGACGCCCCUCUGGUCCGCCUGCCUGUCUCGAGUCCCAUUCCUGAGAGGGGUGACCUCAGCUGUCGUAUGCACACCUGUUUUGAUGUGUAUAGAUGUGGCUACAAUCCUAAAAACAGAAUCAAGGUCUACAUCUACCCUCUGCAGAAGUUUGUGGAUGAACUGGGGGUUCCCAUCAGCAGCACUGGUCUGUCUCGAGAAUACAAUGACCUGCUCAGCGCCAUCUCUGACAGUGACUUUUACACUGAUGACGUCACCAGAGCUUGUCUUUUUAUCCCAUCUAUUGAUGUGCUGAAUCAGAACUCCCUGCGAAUCAGAGAGACUGCCCAGGCUCUGGCAAUGCUACCCAGAUGGGACAAAGGGAUGAAUCACCUACUUUUCAACAUGUUACCUGGAGGCCCCCCAGACUACAAUACAGCCUUGGAUGUGCCCAGAGACAGAACGCUGCUGGCUGGAGGUGGUUUCUCUACAUGGACCUACAGACAAGGUUAUGAUGUCAGCAUCCCAGUUUACAGCCCCCUUUCUGCUGAUGUUGAGCUCCCUGAGAGACAGCCUGGGCCACGGCGCUACUUUAUUCUGUCUUCUCAAACUGCCAUCCACCGAGAGUACCGUGCUGAACUGGAGCGCUUGAAGGAAGAAAACGGAGAAGCACUGCUCCUCCUGGACAAGUGUAGCAACCUCUCCCAGGGUGCCGCCUCUGCACGAAAACGCUGCUACAAGGGGCAGGUGUACGACUACCCACAGAUCCUGCAGGAGUCUUCAUUCUGUGUGGUUCUGCGGGGGGCACGAUUGGGUCAGGCUGCCCUCAGUGAUGUACUACAGGCUGGCUGCGUCCCUGUCAUCCUUGCUGACUCCUACAUUCUGCCAUUCUCUGAAGUACUUGACUGGAAAAGGGCAUCUGUGGUUAUUCCAGAGGAGAAGCUAUCAGAGAUGUACACUAUCCUAAAGAGUAUUCCUCACAGACAAGUUGAAGAGAUGCAGAGACAGGCACGCUGGUUCUGGGAGGCCUACUUCAGCUCCAUGAAGGCUAUCGGCUUGACAACACUCCAGAUCAUCAAUGACCGCAUCUACCCAUAUGCUGCACGCACUUACGAGCAGUGGAACAAUCCACCUGUGGUGAAAUGGUCCAGUGUGAACAGCCCUCUGUUCUUGCCACUCAUCCCGCCAAGGGCACCUGGGUUCACAGCAGUGGUGCUGACCUAUGAUCGCGUUGAGAGUCUUUUCCGGGUCAUCACAGAAAUCUCCAAGGUGCCUAGCUUGGCUAAGCUGUUGGUGGUGUGGAAUAACCAGAACAAGAGUCCUCCUGAGGAGUCUCUUUGGCCAAAGAUCGGUGUUCCCCUCAAAGUCGUGCGAACCAAAGAGAACAAGCUGAGCAACCGCUUCUUCCCCUACGACGAGAUCGAGACAGAAGCUGUGCUAGCUAUCGAUGAUGACAUCAUCAUGCUGACAUCAGAUGAGCUGCAGUUUGGUUACGAGGUAUGGAGGGAGUUUCCAGACAGGCUGGUCGGCUACCCUGGCCGGCUGCACCUCUGGGACCAUGAAAUGGGGAAGUGGAAGUAUGAGUCUGAGUGGACCAACGAGGUCUCCAUGGUUCUAACAGGAGCCGCCUUCUACCACAAGUACUUCAACUAUUUGUACACAUACAAGAUGCCAGGAGACAUCAAGAACUGGGUGGACGCUCACAUGAACUGUGAAGAUAUUGCCAUGAACUUCCUGGUGGCUAACAUCACAGGCAAAGCCCCCAUAAAGGUAACCCCCAGGAAAAAGUUCAAGUGUCCUGAGUGUACUGCCAUUGAUGGACUGUCCCUGGAUCAGACACACAUGGUGGAGAGAUCCGAGUGCAUCAACAAGUUUGCAUCAGUUUUUGGUACAAUGCCUCUGAAGGUGGUGGAACACCGUGCAGACCCUGUGCUCUAUAAAGACGACUUCCCAGAGAAGCUCAAGAGCUUCCCCAACAUCGGCAGCCUCUGACCAGCAUGUAACAGAUGUUUGGACCUCGUCACAGCCUCGACACUUAAAGAUUUGUCACGACGUCGUCUUUUAUAUCAAGAAGUCAAUAUUCAGACUGAAUUUGUACAUGCUUCUGUCACCUCUAAGUCUAACAUUGACAUUCGCUGAGAUUUUAAAUUGAUGUUAAAACGCAGAAUUGCACAGGACAUUAAGUGAAUGUCUUGAAUGAUAGAGCACACUGAAAAUCUGGUAAGAAGUAAAAGAGAUUUUCAGACAUUUACAAUACUAAUGCAUGGACUUAAGUUUCAUGCUAUUGGACGGUCACCCUGAUUCUGAUGUUUGAUGUACAGGCUGACUGAUUGGAGGUUUGUGGUCCCUUACUGUUACUGUUUUUGAGUUGGAAACUCUGUGCUCCAGCUGCUCUGGAAUCAGUGUAUACAGUGUAUAUAUUUGUAUUUUGCAGCAGUGCUGUACAAUAGUCAUAAUUUAUGAUGCUCCAAUUAGGAUUUUCUUGGACCUGAUUCUUUUAGCUGCUCUGUAUAAGAAAUAAAUGGUUAAUAUACUUGAUAUAUAGUAAAUAAUUCAAUGAUGUAUCUAUGUAGGCUUUAUCUAAUGGUUAAUUGAAUGUGAUGACACACAGUGUGGUCACAUAUUCACGGUGUCUUUUACACAAUCUGAUUGGACCAUAAAUCUAAUACUCAGGAUGAGUAAGUAGUCAUUUGAUGAGUUACGUGUGUGAACACGGUGCGCCAUGCAUUUAAAGACAUACUGUAUAGUGAAUAAUAGACACUUCUCAAAACAGAUGUGUAUAAACUGUUGCAAUGCUUUGUUUUUUUUAUUUUUCCAUUAUAUCUGUUGUGUGUUUUUUGUCCUUUUCAUCCCUACUUGCCCCAUCUCUAAUUUUUACAUUACAGCAUUGAGAGCAGUGCAGUGUAUAAGAUGUUAACAUUGCCUUGUGAUGUUUAUAUUUGCCUUUUUCUUUUCAUUGUCAUUGAAAUUUCUUUGACUGAGUUUGUGUAUCUAAGUGUAUAUAUGAUUUUUGUAAUACAGGAUAAAGACCACACUAAUGUG